CGUGUCAACAGUGAAGUGGAGAUUUGGUCCAGAUCAGUUGUCAGGUCCCUCUGAGGAGGUCUCUCUGCUCUCCUUGCUGUGUUCAGUUUUCAGUUUCAGGUGGACUCUAUACAUCUCCACUGUCAGGAUGUCUCCGUCCUCGUCUCCCCGGUUCUUCACGGAGAGGGAGGUGGCCCGUCACUGCACCAAGGACUCCUGCUGGGUACUGCUUGGGACCCGGGUCUACGACGUAACCGCCUUCCUGCGGAUGCACCCGGGCGGGGAAGCACUGAUACGGAGCCGCUCAGGCAAGGACGUGAGUCGGGCGAUGGAAGGACCCCCUCACCGGCACUCGAAGAACGCCCGGCGGUGGAUGGAGCAGUACUACAUCGGGGAGCUGGAUAGGGAAAGCGGCACCGACGAGGCUCAGACCCUGAGAGAGAGGAGGAAAGCCAGAGAAGAGACAGAAGGAAUGACAGCAGAAAAGACAAAGAAAGUGGAAGAAGAAGAGGAAAACUCCCCAUUCAACAAAUGCAGCUCUGUGGAUUUGGACAAGGAUUUGGUCGACUGGCGGAAACCCCUGGCGUGGCAGGUGGGUCACCUCGGAGAGAAAUACGAUGCCUGGGUUCAUCAGCCGGUCGACAGACCAAUCAGAUUGUUUGGAAACCCAUUCAUGGAGGCCAGCACCAAAACUUCCUGGUACUGGGUACUGGUGGUGUGGCUCCCUGUUGUCUUUUAUUUCAGCUGGAGUUGCUACACCACCCUGGCACAGGGCACCACGAGGGUGGUCCUCAGCUCAAACUUCUCCAUCCCGAUCCAUAAGUACAUGUUCCCAGUGCUCUUCAUGCUAGGCUGGUUCUUGUGGUCCUUCAUUGAAUACUGCAUCCAUCGCUUCGUCUUCCACAUGAAACCACCAGCUCAUAACUACUACCUCAUCACCCUUCACUUCCUACUGCACGGCCAGCACCACAAGUCUCCGUUUGACGGCUCCAGGUUGGUCUUCCCUCCCGGCCUGGCCUCCAUAGUGGUGGGACUUUUCUAUUUAAUCCUCAGCAGCAUACUUCCAGAGACCAUUGCAGUCGGCAUGUUCGUUGGAGGGCUGUGCGGCUACGUCGUGUACGAUAUGAUCCAUUACUACCUUCACUACGGGUCACCAAAAAGAGGAUCUUAUCUGUACGGCCUAAAGGCGUACCACGUCAAACACCACUUUGAGCACCAGAGAGCAGGUUUUGGAAUCACCACCACGUUCUGGGACCACCCCUUCAACACAGCCAUCCCCGAUGAAGAAUUUUAAUAUGUAAAAGGCUCUGAGGGACCGUAGGACAGCCACCCUCCUUAGGAACCAGCCCCCGUAUUAUAACCACCCUGGCUUCUUUAGUUCGGUCUUUGCACCAGUAGCACAAAACAAAGAGGACUGUGUGGUACCUGAUUCAUCCACACUUUCCACAACACAUUAACCAUUAAUAUUUCCCUCACCUCAUGAUAUUUCCACACCUUGAUAGUUUCUGACAGUUUUAAGGCAUUUUGUGCCAUUUUUAAUCACAAACCUGACGCUUCACUUCAAGCCAAACUUCAUUGUUUCAUUUAAUUUAACUAAAUUUAUUUUAAAGCUGCAGAGCUCAUCAAACAUGCCAAAGAAAUAUAAACAUCACUAAGCUUUCUAAUACGAAUGGAUGUCAGAGAGGGAAAAGAAAGUGAUAGAUGGUGGGUGAAUGUGGAGAGGAAGGUGUGUGUGAGCAUCUUAGAGAACCCCACCCCACCCCACCCCACUGCAACUUUCCAGGUGAAGCAUCUCAGGAAAUAUGUUCAUCUCUCCUUCACUCUUUCUUACAGCUUUAAUGUAAGAAUGUUCAUCCCUUUUACUACCGCAUGUUCCCUCCCCUUCGUUUUAUCUCUCUGUUGUUAACUUUUGAAAUAGCUGUGAACAGAAAGCAUUUGGUUUCGGAUAUUUGGAUGUGUUAGGAAGCAUCCACAGCCCAGCUUUUAACUUAUUGAUUACAAACACGCCUGCAGGAGAGAUUUUACUGUAGGGUGCUCACCAGAUGUAAAUCAGAGAUCUAAAUGUUUGGAGCCAAUGUGCAUAUAUUAUAUUUUUGAAAGUUGUUUUGAUAUUUUGCCUCAUUUGUGAUUCAAAUGUAAAAAAAAAAAAAAAGUUAGAUUUUGUACAGAAGAGGAGAUUCUUUAAUUGCACGAGCUUUACGUCAUCAGAAAGGGGAUGAUGGAAAAUGGAUACUGUAAAGAGGGGAGUUGUCAUGGUGACAGAGGGACAGGGCUACAGGCAUGAAGCCGGGCAGUUACGCCUCUUGCUGUGGGGAUCUCAGGUUCAAAUAUCACAAGAAAUUUUACUGUCUGAACUGUUGACUGUAAACAAAUUAUGGCUGAAGCUGAUCAGCUGUUUGUUUAGGGUCAUUUGCAAUAUUUGACGCCAUCUGGAACCAAAAGUGACCUUAUUUGGCAAGAUGUUGGAGUUAAAUUUCAUGUUUGAUGACUCCUACUUGUGAGGAAACACAUUACUGACGUAGUUAUUUUCAAUUGGGACCUUUGAAAAUGUCCAGGAGCCAGCUAGCUGAUGUUAUUGCACAUUUAUGCUCUUCAGCAUUAGAUUUACAUCUGACAGCAGUCGGCUGCAGUCUGCGUUCUUCAGAAGUAUUUUUCCAUGUUAAGAGUCCCACCUUUUGGGUCCUUUGACCCUGCAGAUCCCUGCAGAGGAUGACGAUGAAGCAUUUGACUCGACAGCAAGAGGUUGUGACAGCGACCAGCUGAUCCUCGGCAUGUCGCCUCCAGACACCUGACAAGAUGGCCGAUAACUGAAGCAGAACAAACUUAUCUCAAAUAUUUUAAAUAUACUGUUCUAACGAAAAAUUAUUUCAUCAGUUUUCUAGCUUCAAAGAAAGAUUUCUGCUUACCUCAUGCACAUUUAUUUUUCAUUUUUAUAUGCCUACAUGUAAAAUAAUACAUAUUUUUAGAUUUUAAACCAAAACACAGUUAAGACUUGAUUUUAUUCCCUUCUUUUAUACAACUGCAGCACAGCAAUAAUAAAAAAAUGUUUUUAUUUAAACUUUGAGAGGGCUGUGUGACUCGAAGUGUGUAAGCAGAGGAUUUUCAGGGAUGAGCUGUAACCAAUUCAGCAGCAAAAUGUGUAAUUUUGUCUACAGAUGUCUGUUAAAGUGAAACCACUAGGCUGCAGAAAAGAAAAGGGUAAAAAAAAAAGAAAGAGAAAGAACCAAAAGAAAAGAAAGACAAAUAUUUCUAACGUCAUAAUUCUGGAGAUGAUGGUGACCAAACUAAUGACAACGAUAAGUGUAAUGAUGCGAUGCGAUUGUGACUGCUGCUUAGCAACAUGAGAUGAUUCCACCUGUUGGAAUAUAAGACUUAACAAUCUUAUUUAUGUGUAUUUAUGUGAUAAACACGGAAAAAGCAGCAUGUAAGCUUUGAUUCUCACAUGUCAACUUUCCCCUUGUGCUAAAUACUGCAUCAGAGAAAAUAAUUUUUCCUAAAUCUGUUUACUUUAAUGUCUUAAAACUUGUAUUUUGGAAUUUUAAAUUUCUAUGCAAAUGCAAGCUUGUUUGUAAAUAAAUGUCUGUAUAUUUCUGA